GAUCGUCCGGCCGCCACUAUUCUCUCCUGCGCCAACGCAGGUCCGUUCUCUUCGAUUGAAGUGCUGCUGGCGGCGGAAUCCACCCUUCUCCUUGUCGCCAUCCUCGUCACCAUCGUCGCUCUUUGCCGUCCACCCUCUAGCCCUCUUGAACAUUCGUGCUAGUUGCCUACCAUGGAUUGGCAGCCAGUACCCGAGUCCUUGAGCCAGCUGGCUGCUUGUCUCAAGGACUCUCUCAGCGGCUUCGACAAGGCUGCCCAGAAACAAGCCGAAAAUAUGCUCGAACAAGCCAAGUCUUCACCUGAUAUAAACAACUACCUCGUCUACCUCUUUUCCAGCCAAGAUCCUCCAGCCGGCUUACAAUGCACUCCCCAAGAUUACUAUCUCGUUCGGUCCGCCGCUGCCAUCAUGCUGAAGAAUAAUGUCAAAUCCCCUGGUAAACCUAUCCCUGAUUCUAGCCUGGCCCUGAUUAAGAUGGCUGUGCCAAUUGGACUUCAAGACAAGAAUUCUCAGAUGCGCAGCUAUGCCGGCAACAUUGCGACAGAGCUAAUUCGUCGCGGUGGUAUAUUAAGCUGGCCUGAGCUACUACCGGAGCUUCUAAAGACAUUCACAAACGAAUCAGGCCAGGUAUCCAAUGAGGCUCAAGAGGGUGCAAUCGCUGCUAUGACCAAAAUCUGCGAAGACAAUACCAAGAUGUUGGAGCGCGAAGUAAAUGGACAGCGACCCUUGAACUUUAUUCUUCCCAAAUUGAUCCAAGCGACCAAGAGCCCGUUGCCAAAAGUCCGCGCUCAGGCUCUUACCGCCAUCAAUGUCUUCGCACCUCGCAAAUCUCAGGCUAUGCUUAACUCUAUCGACGACCUACUCCAGAAUCUAUUUAGCUUAGCUUCUGAUACGAGUAACGAGGUACGGCGACAGGUGUGUCGUGCCUUUGUUCAGCUAGUUGAAACGCGCCCAGACAAGCUUCAACCUCAUCUUUCAGGACUUGUCGAUUAUAUACUUUCCCAACAGCGAGGGGAUGAUGAGGAGCUGGGUUGCGACGCUGCCGAGUUCUGGCUAGCGGUAGGUGAACACGAAAACCUAUGGGAGUCAUUGACGCCGUACAUUGGCAAGAUCAUCCCUGUACUCCUCGAAUGUAUGGUUUACAGUGGCGAGGAGAUAGCUCUACUUGGCGGCGCCUCCGACGACGAAGACGAAGAGGACCGUGAAGAGGACAUAAAGCCGCAAUUCGCCAAAAAGACCUUGGCUAGAACAGCAAACGGAGCUGCAUCAGCUGAUCCUGCUCAGAAUGGAAACGCCUACCAAAAGUUAGCAAGUAUGGAUGAUGACCUAGAGGAAGGCGAGAUCGACGAUUAUGAUGACGGCGAUGAUGAGAAUCCGGACGACCGAUGGACACUCCGGAAGUGUUCCGCGGCCGCAUUAGAUGUCUUCGCUCGCGAUUUUCGGGAUCCCGUAUUUGAGAGUAUCCUGCCCUACUUAACUAAAAAUCUCAAGCACGAUGAAUGGCCGUAUCGAGAGGCUGCAGUUCUGGCUUUGGGUGCUGUUGCUGAAGGCUGCAUUGGGGUCAUCACACCUCAUUUGCCUGAGCUUGUAUCUUAUCUCUUUUCCCUACUUAACGAUCCUGAGCCUGUUGUUCGACAAAUUACUUGUUGGACACUCGGCCGUUACUCCUCAUGGGCUGCUGAACUUGUCGACGAGAACGAACGAAGACAAUAUUUUGAGCCCAUGAUGGAGGGCAUCCUAACAAAGAUGCUGGAUCGCAAUAAGAAAGUACAGGAGGCUGGCGCAUCUGCAUUUGCCAAUCUUGAGGAGAAGGCUGGCAAGAAGCUGGAGCGCUACAGUCUACCCAUUAUACAACAGUUUGUCCGGUGUUUCAAGAAGUACAAGGACCGGAAUAUUUUCAUCCUCUACGACUGUGUACAAACGUUGGCUGAAAGCGUUGGGCCUUUUUUGGCUCGCCCAGAGCUGUCCAAUGAACUUAUGCCGGCACUCAUAGAACGGUGGACCAGAGCCCCAGAUGACUCGCGAGAGCUCUUUCCGCUGUUGGAGUGCCUUUCUUACGUUGCCAUGGCCAUGAAUGAUGCAUUCACCCCCUAUGCUCAACCCAUCUUUGGCCGUUGUGUCAAUAUCAUCCACCAGAAUCUGGAGGCAUCACUAGCGCAUGCCAAUAACCCAGCUCUCGACGCUCCCAACCGAGACUUUUUAGUUACGAGUUUGGACCUUCUAAGUGCUAUUAUCCAAGCUCUGGAUACGUCGAAGUCGGCAAAGUUGGUCGAAGAAUCUCAACCUGCUUUCUUCGAACUCAUGAUUCUAUGUAUGGAAGAUCCAUCGAAUGAAGUGAGGCAAUCGGCCUAUGCAUUGCUUGGUGACUGUGCAAAGUAUGUCUAUGGUCAAUUGAAACCUUCUCUACCAAGUGUUUUCCCCGUCCUCUUGAAGCAGCUGGAUUUCGAUAAUAUCUUAGAUGAGGAGGCCGAAAGUGGAUUCAGUGUGGUAAACAAUGCGUGCUGGUCCGUCGGGGAGAUUGCUAUUCAACACAAAUCCGAGAUGGCUCCAUGGAUACCAGAACUAUUCCAGCGCUUUGUCGAUAUUGUCGGUAAUCCAGGUAUUCCUAAGGGAGUCACCGAAAAUGCUGCCAUCGCCCUUGGUCGGCUAGGACUUGGUAACGCCGAACUUCUUGCCCCUCAUCUUGCUAAUUUCGCAGAAGAUUUCCUAGCGUCUAUGGACGAGGUUGACUUGACCGAUGAGAAAGCUACAGCAUUCCGUGGAUUUACACUUGUCGUGGAGAAGAACCCCAUGGCUAUGGAGAAGUCGUUGUUGCAUUUCUUUACGGCUAUUGCUCGGUAUCGGGACAUGAGGCUUCGGAGUCCAAAUAAGACUGACCUCCAUGAAGACUUUCAGAAGACAUUGAACAUCUACCGCCAAAUAAUCCCCCAGUUCGAUCAGUUUUUUAGCCAAUUACAGCCUCAGGAUCAAGAAGUAUUAAGAGCUACUUAUGCUUUUUGAGUCGACUAUUCAGAUUAAGGGGGCCAAUGACUGCUAAGGAACUGUAAUACUUCUCGUAUGGGGCUUGCGAUAUUUAUGAGCAUACCGCCUCUAAGCCCGGUUUCUUCAAGGCUACUGACCGGAUUUGACUUCUACAUAUACCUCUUAAGGG